ACUAGAAACAAUAUCUUAAGGGGUGUCUAAUAAGCAUAUUUUUACUUGCGUAUAGUACUAUUUCUUACCUGUGGUAUACGGUAUAAGAGCAAAUUUUGAUCUUGGCUUUAAGUAAUGAAGAUGGCGGGAGCAAAGCCGGAAGUUUCUUUCAUCGGCCUUGGUGCCAUGGGUUUCGGUAUGGCCACCAACUUGAUCAAGAACGGAUAUAAAGUGACUGGAUUUGAUGUUUGGAAGCCUACGCUGGAGAAAUUCCAAGCGGCCGGAGGUAACAUUGCUGAUACGCCUGCCGAAGCUGUGAAGGGUACGGAUUACUGCAUAUGUAUGGUGGCAACGGCGCAGCAAGCUCAGGCUGUCCUUAUCGAAGGAAACGAUCCGGCGCUCGGGGCACUUCCUAAAGGAGCUGCUCUCUUGCUUUGCUCAACCGUACCGUGCGCAUAUGUCCAAGGUCUAGAGAAGCAACUCGCUGAAUUAGGACGUGGCGAUAUUCGAUUAAUCGAUGCUCCUGUCUCCGGGGGUGCCGCAAGAGCCGCUGACGGUACUCUAUCUAUCAUGGCUGGUGGCUCGGAUGACGCAAUUGAGAAAGGCCGAUUCCUCUUACAAGAGAUGUCUGAUCCGUACAAGCUGUACAUCGUCAAGGGUGGAAUCGGUGCCGGAAGCAACAUGAAAAUGUGCCACCAAGUACUUGCAGCCAACCAGAUCCUCGCUGCAAGCGAAGGUCUAGGUUUCGCAACUCAUCUCGGUCUCCAUCCCCAUUUUGCGAGUCAGGAGAUCUUAAAGUCAGAAGGGUGGGCAUGGAUGUUUGAGAACAGACUUCCAAGAAUGCUCGAUCCCGAGUACAAGCCUGUUGCUAGCGCAUUGACCAUUAUUUUGAAAGAUACGGGUAUCAUUACCUCAGAAGCGAGGCGUUUUGGAUUUCCCACACCUAUGACGAGUACGGCGGAACAGGUAUACUUCUCUGCUCUCGGCCGUGGAUACGGCCCUGAUGACGACAGUAGCCUGAUUAGGCUGUAUAUAGAAGGAAAGGGAAAGAUAGGUCCAGUGAAAGGAUUAGCCGAAGACGAUCAGUCGAAACUAGCCCUCGUUGUCGGCCUCCUGAAAGGCAUAUAUCUCUGUUCAGCUGCGGAGACUAUCGCUUUCGCAGCGAAAUGUAAUUUGGAUCUAGAUCAGGUAUUUGAUUUAUGCAUAAAUGCAGCCGGAGGAAGUACAAUGUUUCAAACGGUUGGUCCGGAGAUUAUCAAGCUCGCUCGCGGAGAGCAGCUCUCGACAGGGGAUGGAGAAAGCUUCAAGGAGCUCGUACAGCAACUCCAAGAGGCUAUUGAAGAAGCUCAGCGAGUUAAGGCGCCCGUGUAUCUUGCCACCCAAGCGUUCACUCUGGCGCAGCUCGCUUUACAGCUUGCUCCGGAAACUGCUGGCAAUGUCUCGAGAGCCGCCGUCGCUAAGGUAUGGGGUUUAUAAACUUGACAAUAGUACCGAACAGUAUUAAGGA